CACCGCUUCCGAAAUGCAGCCGGCUGGGAAGUCUGCACUCCGUGCCUGAAGGAGGUGGAUGCCUUCUGGAUCAAACAUGAAUGACCUGCUGAAGGUGUCCCUGUUGCACGUCCUCACCCUGGCAGCCCUCAGCUUGGCUGAGACACUUCUGAAAGCUCCCUUGAUCAGCACUCCUCUGGAAACAGUGGACGCCCUGGUAGAAGAUGUUGCCAAGUUUGUCUGUGUAGUGGAGUCAUAUCCUGAGCCGGAGAUUACAUGGACACGCAACAGCAUUCCCAUCAGGCUGUUCGACACACGGUACAGCAUCCAGAGGAAUGGGCAGCUCCUGACCAUCUUGAGUGUGGAGGACAGUGAUGAUGGGGUGUACUGCUGCACAGCAGAUAAUGGAGUUGGAGCAGCUGCACAGAGCUGUGGGGCUCUCCAGGUGAAAAUGCGACCCAAAAUAACCCGCCCACCUGUAAAUGUGGAAAUAAUAGAAGGAUUAAAGGCUGUUCUUCCAUGCACUACAAUGGGGAAUCCAAAACCUUCUGUUUCAUGGGUCAAAGGAGAAACAGUUGUAAAGGAGACUGCUCGCAUUGCCGUCCUCGAUUCUGGGAAUUUAAGGAUACACAAUGUUCAGAGAGAAGAUGCAGGACAGUAUCGUUGUGUAGCCAAGAACAGUUUGGGUACAGCCUAUUCAAAACCUGCAACUGUGGUUGUGGAAGUGUUUGCCAGAAUCCUGAAGGCUCCCGAAUCUCAAAACAUCACCUUCGGGUCCAUGGUGACAUUGCGGUGCACAGCAACUGGCCUUCCAGUCCCUACUGUCACCUGGCUGGAAAAUGGGAAAGCUGUUUCUGUGGGGUCGAUAGCAGAAAGUGUCAAGGACAGAGUGGUUGAUUCCAGACUGCAAGUGUAUGUCACCCGACCUGGCCUGUUCACUUGUCUUGCCACAAACAAGCACAGCAAAACUUUUGGAGCCGCAAAAGCAGCAGCAACCAUCAGCAUUUCAGAAUGGAGCAAGCUGUACAAGGGUGAUGCAGGCUACUGCAGCACAUACAGAGGUGAGGUGUGUAGUGCUAUCUUGGCGAAGAAUGCUCUUGUUUUCUUCAACUCCUCGUAUGCUGACCCAGAGGAGACCCAAGAGCUGCUUGUGCACACUGCCUGGACUGAACUGAAAAUGGUGAGUUCAUUCUGCCAACCGGCUGCUGAGUCUCUGCUGUGUAACUACAUCUUCCAGGAGUGCAAUCCCUCGGGAGCUGGGCCAGCUCCAAAACCAGUGUGCAGAGAGAAUUGCCUUGCUGUAAAGGAUCUCUACUGCUUUAAGGAAUGGCUCUCAAUGGAGGAGAACUCCCAGAAGGGGAUUUACAAGCCAGGGCUGAUGCUGCUCACUCUUCCUGAAUGCAACAGGUUGCCCAGCCUGCACCAGAAUCCCAGCUCUUGUACCCGCAUCCCUUUCUUUGAUUUUAAGAAGGAGAACAUAACCAGGACUUGCUACAGUGGCAAUGGCCAGUUUUACCAGGGCACGACCAAUGUCACAGCAUCUGGAAUUCCCUGCCAGAAGUGGAGUGAUCAGGCUCCCCAUUUGCACAGGAGGACUCCUCAGGUUUUCCCAGAGCUGUUUGAUGCUGAGAAUUACUGUCGCAAUCCAGGAGGCGAGAACGAGCGUCCCUGGUGCUACACAAAGGAUCCAGCUGUAACCUGGGAAUACUGCAGUGUGUCUCCCUGUGGAGAUGCCUUGUUAUCCCUGGGAACGAGAAAACCAAAUGGAGAGACUCUAAAUCUUCCCCCUCCUCCUCCAUUUUCUCCUACAUACUCCAUGACUGUUAUCAUCUCAAUCAUCUCCAGCUUUGCUCUGGUCGUGAUCUUUGGCAUUAUCACCCUGGUUUGCUGCCGUCAUCGAAAACAGUGGAAAAACAAAAAAAGAGAGUCUGAGACACCAACUCUCACCACUCUGCCCUCCGAACUGCUCCUGGACCGGCUGCACCCCAACCCAAUGUACCAGCGCAUGCCUCUUCUCCUCAAUCCAAAAUUGCUUAGCCUGGAGUAUCCCAGAAACAAUAUUGAAUAUGUGAGAGAUAUUGGGGAGGGAGCAUUUGGGAGAGUCUUCCAAGCCAGGGCUCCAGGGCUGCUGCCAUAUGAACCUUUCACCAUGGUAGCAGUGAAAAUGCUGAAGGAGGAAGCAUCUGCAGAUAUGCAGGCUGAUUUUCAGAGGGAAGCAGCUCUCAUGGCAGAGUUUGACAAUCCAAAUAUUGUCAAGCUUUUAGGCGUGUGUGCAGUUGGGAAGCCGAUGUGCCUGCUGUUCGAGUACAUGGCCUAUGGGGACCUGAACGAGUACCUGCGUGACCGCUCGCCCCGCAACCUCUGCAGCCUGGCGCAGGGCAGCCUGGACACGCGGCUCCGCCUCCCGAACCCGCUGGCGCUGUGCUGCACCAGCCAGCUCUGCAUUGCCAAGCAGGUUGCUGCUGGCAUGGCAUACCUCUCCGAGCGCAAGUUUGUCCACCGGGAUUUGGCCACCAGAAACUGCCUGGUGGGGGAGAACAUGGUGGUGAAAAUUGCAGAUUUCGGUCUCUCAAGGAAUAUGUAUUCAGCUGACUAUUACAAAGCAAAUGAGAACGAUGCCAUCCCCAUCCGCUGGAUGCCCCCUGAGUCCAUUUUCUACAACCGCUACACCACAGAGUCUGAUGUGUGGGCCUAUGGGGUGGUGCUGUGGGAGAUCUUCUCCUAUGGCAUGCAGCCUUACUAUGGGAUGGCUCAUGAAGAGGUCAUCUACUAUGUGAGGGAUGGGAAUGUCCUCUCCUGCCCAGACAAUUGUCCUCUGGAGCUCUACAACCUAAUGCGCCUCUGCUGGAGCAAGUUGCCUGCUGACCGUCCAGGCUUUGCCAGCAUCCACCGCAUCUUGGAGCGCAUGUACGAGAGGGCUGUGGCCAACAUGUCUGUCUGAGGGAUACAGUUCCUUCCUUGUCUCCUGUGUCCGCCUAUUUAGACUGACUUGGACUAGCCCAUGAGCUCCUGAGUGAUGGUGGCUUCACACAAUGUCCCACUCAGGGAGAAGAUACAACUCGUUCCACUGCCAAGCAAGAAAUAUAGACUGUACCCCUUUAUGCGACUCCUUGAGCGGGACUGUACCUCCCAAACAACAGGACUGACCUUUAGCCACCAAGACAAGACUCCUCAGGUUGGUGAGGGUGCUGGUCAUGCUAACUCAGUUCUUAUAUUUGGCAUUUCCAGGAGCACAGAGUUGCUCAGGGAAGGUAAACUAAUGUUUCUUCCUAAGCACUGUUCCUUUCCUUCUGAACAGAUCCCAUCAUGCCCUUCUGCAUUUACACUCUUGGCUUUUACCUUUUUUUCCCCUUUCUCUUACAUUUUCUAGUAUUAUUUAAAACAAAAGGUUGCAGAGUUCAAUCUUCUUUUGGGGAUACCAUUUAUUGUGGUUUUUUUGCGUAUUGUUUACUAUUUUGUUUUUGCAUCCUCAGUCCUUUUUGCAGAAAAAGGAUGUUUCUGAAGCCAGAGGCCACUUUCAUCUUCCUUUUAACUUCCACUCUCUCUCAUUACAAUAACACUGACAGAGUGAAAACAGGAGCCUGCUGGACCACUGGCAGCCACCUGCAUCUUCUGUUACAGAGACAGGCAAACUCCUGUCAAGCACGGCACUUUCCAUUCUCCAGUGUGAGAAAUCCAGAGUCACGUUCACUUGAUGUUUGUUAAAGUCUCAUCUAAAACCUUUCCUUCAGCAUUGCAGCACAUCUUACCUACCUUCCCUUGAAGCAGCAAAGCCAUUUGGUGCUGUCAGAGAAAUUUAUCCCAAAGGUCUGGUGCUGCACCUCAUAGGCAUCCAAGGUGUAUUUAUUUGCCACUGCCUGAUCCUCACAAUGCUGAAGCAGGAAGAAAUGCAUCCCCUCUUGCAGAAGCGUGGCAGGUUGUAUUAAUUGCUUCUUUCCUUUUUCUUUACAAUCUUGGCCUGCUGUUUCUGGUUUCCUUUCCUGACAGACUCUGCUAAGUCCCACUACAAUAUUUGCUCGCCACCUUUCCUUGUGCUGCAGUUUAGAGACAGAGGAGUAAGGAAGGUGGAUGUCUGCCACCAGUGUCCUUCAUAGACAAAGUUAGGAGAAGGUGGAAAAAUUGGGUGCACACAAGAAGAACUGCAAACUGUCCAUCUGCAGGGCAAAGAUGAGACUGCCUCAGUUACAGACAGCCUGCAGCCCAUCUCCAAACACCAAAUGUUUCUCUGCUAAAAGUUCUCCAAAUUGUAAUGGAUACUUCAGUGCCAGAGAAAAUUUUAUACCUCUGGUGACAGGUGUAAUCUUUUAGCUCUUUGUGCAGUGAGGAGCAGUUGUCCCAGAGUCCCAUUGCUGAUACAAAAUAUAGUCUGAGGCAGGGAUGUGCAUUAUGACUAUAGAGCAGGAGUGCAAAUGAAUGAGUGUUUAGUGUGGCUUCUGUAACUUGGGCACACUGGUUUAGCCUACCCUUUAGAAAGCAGCAGUGGAGAGCAGCUAUCUAUGGUUUCUGAAAGGUAAGCUUGAAAAGGUCUGUGAACCAUUAUAAAGAACAGAACUGGAAAGAACAUACUUUCCUCUGCUGCUCUCCUGUUUGUUUGGGGUUUUAUUUUGUUGGUUUUCUUGGGCUUUUCUCAUAUAACCGUAUAACCAUGUAGCCAUAACAGCAUGAUUUAAUGUGUUCAGACCACUGGUGUCACCUUCAAUUGGAGCAAAGAGCUUGCAAUUGCCAAAGACCAUGGCAAGAGAAGAGGUCUGGGCUGCUGUUGAAGGGCCAAAAUGGUAUCUGCACAGUGAGCACAAAAUGGCCAGUGCUGUCUUACUCAUUUAGCAGUCCUAUCAUCAUGCUGCUAUCACACAACAGUUUACUGAGGUUUGGAUGCUAAGGACAAAUACCCUUGAAAAUCCCAAAGCCCUCAAUUUCAAUAGAAAAUUAUGCUGGAGUUCCUUAUAUAGCUCCUGCUAUUGCAUUAUGAGCACCUCACAGUGUGCGUGGUUGAAUUUGUUAGGUUGUAUCAGCUCCCUGUCUGUCUUCCCAGUUCUGAGGAGGAAGAAGGGAGGAGGCAGGCCUGGAAGGAUGGGCGGUGAUGCUGAGCUGAGUCUGAAUAUGCAGCCCAGGACUUGCAUCAUCUCUGUAAGGGAGGGGGCACACUCAAGUUCCUUGCAGUGCUCAAGGCAUCAGGCAUUUUGUCACCCUCUUUAGAGAGGGCAGGGUCAGAAGCUGUGUGUGGGUAGUGGUGUGCGUCCAGGUACCCAGCACCUCCUCUGCAGCUGGAAUGAGCCUUACACUAAGAAAGCUCAUGGUAACAGGUGCAAAAUCUGCACCAUGUGGUAAAUAUAAACAAACACACCCAUUUGCAGUCUGGAGGACACUCUGCCUUUCUGCCUUCUAGGAUCCCAGUGCUGCCUUCAGUUCAUUCUCCCAUUCCCCCUGGAAAAUUAUUCAAAACCAGUUUUCUUCUUGUUAGCUGCCUAUAAUGUCACAUGCUAGGAAUUUUCACUCACUUUCUUUUUGAAAAAAAGACUCCCAUAAACUUGGAAGUGUAGCCCUUUUCAUCUCAUUUGCCUAGCCCAAAUGCUUGUCUCAGUGCCCCCUUAUUUUGGAUAACAGUGGAAAAUUUGGUCUUCCUCAUCCAGCAUUCCAGCCUUUCAUUAUAAGAAUGUACUGAAGUGUGAGGUAGUCAGUGUCUGCAGGUCAGGAGGGGAAAAGCUUCCUUUCUUGCAGGAGGAAAGAGAUUAUUUCAAGACAGACUCAGAGAAGCUCUCAGCAGCGUGUUCUCCAGGGAUGGUAAUGGCUUCUGCGUACCGAUCCAGCAGGAGGGCUUAGCACCUAGACAGUGCUGUACUUUGAGGACUUAAAUUGUAGCAGGACUUCUGCUGCCUUAGUGUGUAGCUGGAUUUUACUAUUUCCUUCUGCUGUAUGCUUUUCAGCUUGCUGGGAGCUGGAGGUUGACUGCUUUUAUGACAUGCCUCCUUUCACAGAUGUUUUUUCUCCUCCCUAUGUUUAAGAUUCUGCUGUCUUCAUUCUCUGUUAUACAGUGUGCUAUGCCAGAUUCUUCUAGACCUUCUGUCCAGUUAUCAUGUAACACAAUUUUUUUUGAAUGGGAGUAAACAAAGGGAUUAUUAGAGAGUAGCAGAGCAAGAAAAGUUUGUUGCUCAAAAAGUUGCUUGGAAGCAAAAAUAUUUUGCUUUUUUAGUUCGGAUUUAUAAUUCAUGUGGAGAGAGAGGAUGAAUCAAAAGUGAGCAUUUUUGUGUUCAUUUUAGAACAUUUGUGUGCUACAAGUUAGAGCACUUUUCUACAUUUGGUUCUGUCCAUACCGGCCCCAAAAAUAUGGAAUGCUUCAUGAAUUUGCAUGUCACCCUUGUGCAGGGACCAUACUGACAUAUGAAUUUAAGAUGAACCUUUUUUUGGUGCUUUGGUUCCCAUUCCCACUGAUAACAGAGGGAGCCAGCAAUCUGGGGCACUGGAUGAGAACCCCAAGAAAAGGAUUUGCAGCACAUUUGAUCUACCCAUUCCCUUUGCAAGUGUGCUGCCUUGAGCACUGGCAGCACAUAUACAUCUUUAUGCUGGGUGACAUAUUGUGAAAUCUGACCAACCGAACAACACAGAAAUCCUUUCAUGUUCCUGUGCCUUUAUUCGACAGUUGCAUUUAAAAUGCACUUUUAUAACUAUAAAUUCUGUAAUCGAUUGGACGCUGUUUACAAUAUGAUCAAAUUUGGUUCAGAUCCUCUCAAACACUUUAUGGGUUAAACUUAACUGUCUCGUCUCAUUUACCCAAAGCAAUAUACUAGUUAUUAUUCUGUGAUUGUUAAAUCUUAUGAAUGAUGGCUUUGAAAGACAUCCCUAGCAGAGAUGUACAUUUCUCAUUAUCUCAACCUGUGUAACUCCUGCGUGCAAUAUUUUAUAAAAUAAAGAGACAUU